AUGAAGCGCUUGCCAACUGAAGUCCUCGAGAUGAUCGGGACCUUCGUAGAUGACAAGCCCACGCAAAGGGCUUUGACUAAAAGCUCUGUCGAAUUCCACACGCUGUUUACACCACGUCUCUAUUCCUCUAUCAUCCUACCAAGCAUCUGGACACCCGUUCAGUUUGAUCUUAUUCGACGACUGUGCUCUUCGCCUGAGUUGGCGAGUCUUGUUCAUGACUUUGCUUUUAGGAUUCGGGGGUGCGACGACUACGGCGAGGAUGAACUCCCCCCAAGGCGCAAAGAGUAUAAGCCCUUCAUUGAUGAACUUGUGGCUGCAUUAUGUGAACUGGGAUGUGAUGAAUGGGUCGCGCUUGAGAACUACGAUUUUUCGGAUCCGGCAGAGACGUACCUAGCAAGAAUCUGGAGAUCAGCAGCAUUUCGUCCACAACCACCAGUUAACGCUGCUCCAUUUCAACGUCUCAAAGACAUCUUUCUCUUCCAAAACCGCCGGCAGAUCUCAGCACAAACACCGCUUACUUCACAGCAUAUACUGUAUUCGCUCUGUUUUCCAGCUCUCAACCAUGUCAGUGUGUGCGGACAUUUUGACUAUUGGGAUUAUGAACAAGAUCUUGAAAAGUGCCUGCUUUACGACAAGUUCAUGAUUACAAAUUGUCCAGUCAAAGAGGUUACUAUUUGGCCGUCAGAAUACUGCAACGGAAUCAUUCAAUGGUGCAGAGCAUCGACUAAUCUCGAGCGUCUUAAUCUUGUGAUAAGUCAGGUGGAGCGUGAACCGCCUGAGAUAACAGUCACCGACUAUUCACGCCAAGGGCUCCUAAUGGUCAAGGAUACCCUAAAGUCUCUUUCUAUUCAAUGGGAUGACAGAUUACAGCAAGGAUUUAGAGAAAGAGGGCCCAAUUCCCAUCGUCUCAAGAUGAGCAUUUUCCGAUUGUCGUCACUCAUGGAACUGGGUGCUCUGGAGCAUCUCAUUAUACCACAUUUAAAUCUUAGUGGGUUUCCAGACUAA